UGCACCACGCGCCGUCGGUGAGGAGAGAGACGGAACCGGCGGGGAAAAGCCGACGUCACACAGCCGACCAACAACACCCGAUAGACCGGAGAAAAGCCAAAGAUAGAGAGCGCGAGGAGGCGGCGGACACUGUUUCAGGUGCUGAAGUGAUUAGAGAGCAGGAAAGAUGGCGGACGACCCGAGCGCAGCCGACAGAAACGUGGAAAUCUGGAAAAUUAAGAAGCUCAUAAAGAGUUUGGAGGCUGCUAGAGGUAAUGGGACCAGUAUGAUUUCGUUGAUCAUCCCUCCUAAAGAUCAGAUUUCCAGAGUGGCCAAGAUGCUGGCUGACGAGUUUGGUACAGCGUCCAACAUCAAGAGCAGAGUCAACAGACUUUCUGUGCUGGGAGCCAUCACCUCUGUACAGCAGAGACUUAAACUCUACAACAAAGUGCCCCCAAAUGGUCUGGUAGUCUACUGUGGCACCAUUGUGACUGAAGAAGGCAAAGAGAAGAAAGUCAACAUUGACUUUGAGCCUUUCAAACCUAUCAAUACCUCGCUUUAUCUCUGUGACAAUAAAUUUCACACUGAGGCGCUCACGGCGUUGUUGUCCGAUGACAGCAAGUUUGGCUUCAUCGUCAUCGAUGGUAGCGGCGCGCUAUUCGGGACCUUACAGGGCAACACCAGAGAAGUGCUGCACAAAUUCACAGUGGACCUACCCAAAAAACACGGUCGUGGAGGACAGUCUGCGCUCCGUUUUGCACGAUUGAGAAUGGAGAAGAGACAUAACUACGUGCGUAAAGUGGCAGAGACAGCGGUCCAGCUCUUCGUGUCCAACGACAAAGUCAACGUAGCUGGUUUGGUGCUGGCUGGCUCUGCAGACUUCAAGACUGAACUCAGCCAGUCCGACAUGUUUGAUCCGAGGUUACAGGCAAAGGUGCUGAAGCUUGUGGACAUCUCGUACGGAGGAGAGAAUGGUUUCAAUCAGGCCAUCGAGCUGUCGGCCGAGGUCCUCUCCAACGUCAAAUUCAUCCAGGAGAAGAAGCUAAUAGGUCGCUAUUUUGAUGAGAUCAGCCAGGACACGGGGAAGUACUGUUUCGGGGUCGAGGAUACGCUUAAGGCCCUGGAGAUGGGAGCGGUGGAGAUCCUUAUUGUUUACGAGAACCUGGACACCAUGAGAUACAUCCUACGAGUACAUGGGGCUGAGGUCAACGGAGCAGAAAACGAUGAGAAGACCAUUUAUUUAACACCUGAGCAAGAGAAGGACAAAUCCCACUUCACAGACAAGGAGACGGGACAGGAGCACGAGCUAAUUGAGUGCAUGCCGCUGCUGGAGUGGUUUGCUAAUAACUAUAAGAAGUUUGGAGCCACGCUGGAGAUCGUCACAGACAAAAGUCAAGAGGGUUCGCAGUUUGUAAAGGGAUUUGGAGGAAUUGGAGGUAUUCUGCGAUACAGAGUGGAUUUCCAGGGGAUGGAAUACCAGGGGGAAGACGACGAGUUUUUCGAUUUGGAUGACUACUAGGUAGUCUGAGACUGAAGGGAGAAGCAAAAUGAAAAAGUAUGAUAGGAAAAAAAUCCAGAAAGAAAUAUCUUUCUUUUGCAGCAAGCAAGUGUGUGGACCCUAAUUAACCACAAACACAUACACACACAAACACGCACACACACACACACAGGCAGUUUCAGAAGUCGAAGAGGAAUUAACUGUCAAUCAGAUGAAGGACUGCGCCCUUCAUGAAUAACAAAUCUGCUCCUGCCUUAGAGCGCUCUGAUUGGAUAAGACUUUGCCUCAUUUUGUUUAUUCAUUCCCUUUUGAAUGCAAAAAGCAACAGCACGUCCCCAUGAUGUAACUCUGAUCAGCCCAACAAAGACCCAUCUCUGGACUCACUCCUCAUAUAAAGAAAUUAUAUCUCCCUCCUUCAGAUCGCUCUCCCAUCCUUACCUCACUGGGUCCUUUUUGCAUUUCCUUUUUUUUUUUUUUUUUUUUUUACUGGCAACUGCUGCUGCUGUGUUUUAUGACUUUUUUUUUUUUUUUUUUACCUGGGUUUCUGUAGCGAAAGGGGGGAACAAAAAAGUAUUAAAUUUGAACUGCUUAAAAUCCAAAAUCCAUACAUGUGACCUGGUUUGUUCUUAGUUUUUCUAUUUGUUUGUUUCUUUUCCUUUGCCCUGGAACAUAGAAGGAUAAUGGUCUUAUAUAAAAAACUUUGUCGAUCUUCGUUGAUUUUUUUUCCCUCCACCAAGAUGGAGAAAUUGUUCGCUUUGCAAGUCUUUUGUGCUCAAAUCAUGCAGAAAGACAGAUUUCACAAGGCUCUGAAGUCACUUGUCAUAAUUAAGAGCCUGAAAUGGACGUUGAAGACUUUUACAAAUGAAAGAUCAGAGUUUGGUUUUUGUUCCCGACCAGAUUUGUGUUACCAUGGAGUUGUAUCUAGCCAAAGCUGAUAUUGCCAAUGACCAAUAUUACAUAUGAGACUUUUGUUAAUUUUGGACAAGAAAAUAAACAGAAUCCCGCUGAAUUCAGCAGGGGUCCCAUAACACAAGUACAUGUGAUCAAUCAUAAGCAAGCUAAACUUGCAACAAGUGUUUUGUGUUUUUUAGACCUAUGCUUACGCCUUUGGCUUAAAAAAAAAUGUACUGUACAAUUGAAUCGUGUGAGCUCCACACAUCUUAAACGCUCCACCUGUAAUUAUGGUGUCUUUCAUGAUAGUUUGGCGUUUGUUAAAGUGUCAUGACUGUGCGCUGUUUCAGUUAAAACUAAACCAGAGUAAUUUUUUUAAGA